CGCGGUUCCCGGCGGCUGCUGGGGCCGCUGCCCCCCGCGCCCGCUGUUCCCGGGGCUCCCGGUGCCCCGCAGCUGCCGGGGCGGUGCGGGGCCGCCCUUCGCCCCAAACCCCGCCCGUGGGCACCGCCCGGAGCCGGCGCUGCCCGCGGGAUGCGGCGAGGAUGCCGGGCGGGAUGUACGCAUCGAGGAAGAGGAAGAAGCCGGUGCCCAAGAGCCCCAAACCACCUCCCCCUGAGGGCGUAAAGUCCAACCCCUCCAAGCGGCAUAGAGACAGACUCAACCAGGAGCUGAACAAGCUGACUGGCUUGCUGCCCUUCCCUGAAGAUGUGCGCAGCAGGCUUGAUAAACUCUCCGUUCUCCGACUGGCUGUCGGGUACCUGAAGGUGAAGAGCUACUUGAUGGCUACAGAUGUUGGUGAUCAUGUGCUGGAUCAGCCCAGAGCUCCAGGAGGGAAUGGAUGGACAGACCCACGUGCUGACGGGGAGCUGUUUCCCGAAGGGGAACUGCUGCACCAGGCACUCAAUGGUUUUGUCAUCGCUGUGACAGGAGAUGGGUACAUCUUCUACAUCUCCCCUACUGUGCAGGACUAUCUGGGCUUUCUUCAGUCAGAUCUCAUCUACCAGAGCGUGUAUGAGCUGAUCCACACAGAUGACAGAGCUGCUUUCCGCCACCAGCUUCACGGUGCCCCAGCAUCCAGCAGCUCCCAGCACGCUACUGAUGUUCUUCCCACCAACAAACCACUGCCAGCUGGAUGCAGCACUGGGUCCAGCCUGCAGCAUCUUGGCCCCGAGAAGCCUUCCUUCAUGGAGAGGAGCUUCACCUGCCGCUUCCGCUGCUUGCUGGAUAACUCCUCAGGAUUUCUGGCCUUGAAUUUCUGCGGGCGCUUGAAAUUCCUUAUCGGGCAGCAGAAGAGGGCAUUGGACAAGUCCUCACUUGCUCUCUUUGCCAUCGCAACUCCCUGCCAGCCAUUCUCCGUCCUGGAGCUUCAGACCAAGAUGAUGAUCUUCCAGACAAAGCACAAGCUGGAUUUCACUCCCGUGGCCUGUGAUUCAUGGGGGAAGGUUGUCCUGGGUUACACAGAAACGGAGCUGUGCAAGAGGGGAUCCGGGUACCAGUUUGUGCAUGUGGCUGACAUGAUGCACUGUGCGGAGAACCACGUCAGAAUGAUGAAGACGGGUGAGAGUGGGCUGACGGUUUUCCGGCUGCUGACCAAGAAGGGUGGCUGGGUGUGGGUGCAGGCCAACGCCUGGCUGGUGUACAAAGCGGGAAAGCCCGACUGCAUCAUUUCCCGUCAGCGAGCCCUCUCGAAUGAAGAAGGAGAGGAACACCUGCGGAAGAGAAACCUGCAGCUGCCUUUUAGCUUUGCCACCGGGGAAGCAGUCCUGUAUGGAAACAACCUUCCUGACUUCCUGGACUCCUCCCGGGCUAAAGAGGAGUCACAGAUACAGGCAGACUUCCGCAUGGGGCAGCACUUAGUAGACCCCAAUUCUCUGCUUGGGGCCAUGAUGAAACAGGAUGCAUCCAUAUACAAGUCCCAUGCUGAUAAUGUGUCUCAGUUGUCCUUGCCAGAUCUCAUCGCUGAUCCUGGUGGACGAAGCCAGGAUGAGGAAGUUAGUGAUGCCAAGGAAGAUAGCAACUCCCUCCUGGUUGUUAUUGAAUCCCUCUUUGAGAAGAGUGAGGUGGAUGGAAACAUCUGCCAGACCCCUCAGAGCCUCGGUGUGGACAAUGCAGAGCUGCAGCCGUGGGAGGAGGCUCUGCUCAGCUUGGAUCCAGAAGAGCCACCAUCACAGGAGGUUGGUGAGAGGCCAAGCAGCAAGGUGACACCCUUCAUGGAGCAAGUCCUCCUCAGUGAAGAGGCUGGGAGGAGCAUGGACUUCCCGUGCUGCAGUACAUCACCUUGCAAUGAGGAAAACUGUCCUGCAGCUGACUUCCAGCACUGCUGGGCAAUUAAUUCAGCAUUUCAGUCCCCACCACAGCCUCAGGCACUUGGUCCACAAGGCCAAGACACUUUGGUCGCUCUGGUCUCCGUUACACCUGAGGUCAGCUCUGCUGACCCAGAACAGCAGAUCCCAUUUAACCCAGCUGGGCCGUUGAGGGAUGAUGUUCUGGGUGCCCUGGACUCGGGCAGCAAGCCUUCUGUAGCAUCUCCGCUGGCAAACCCAGAACAGGUGCUUCAAGCAGAAGUUUUCACCUCUGCUCCUUUAGAUAACGCUGCUCCUAAUGAUCACAGCCAACCCGGGAGUGAGCUGUUGCACUCAAACACACCAGUGACUCAGUGGCACAAUGUCCUGGUCCAGGCAAACCCAGCCAGUGCUUUGGGUCAGAGCCCUUCUCCUGGAGAUUGCCUGUCGGAAUUGUGGAUGGCCGCAGGUCUGAAGCACCUGGAAGCAGCAGGAACGCACCUGGAGUCACAAACUCUGCUGGCUGGCAGUCCUGAGAGCCCUUCAGGGACUGGGCUGUGGUUGCUGCCCUCCCAACCUGCUCCUUGCCCUGCACAGGGCUUGCAUGAAUCCUUGUUCUCCAUGUUUGGGGACCUCUAUGAUGAGGAGGCUGCCCUCCCUGGACAAGUAUCAGCACCCUUAGGAGUCAUCCAACUGCCAGGGGAUCAUGGCUUUCAUGGCUUCCCCAAAGAAUCCCCCCUACUGCCCCCAGCGCCCAGCUUUUCUUGGGAAAGGGAGCAGGACAAGUGGUUCAUGCAGGGUCAGCCGUGGCUCCUGCAGGCUGGAGCAGCUCCUCAGAGGUGUGGUGGGGCAGGUCUGAUGCAACACAGUGGAGUCCUUCUGGGGUCCAGCACAGGUCCCAGCACCCAUCAGAUGGACCGGGUGUUGCUGCCUGAGUGUCAGUACAGAAAUAACGUUUUUGGACGGAGCGUCCUUCUUAGGGAUGCUUCUGAAAUAUCCCUUCCCCAGCAGACAGGUGCUUUGCCUUGCCCUAGUGAGAGCCACCCUGGAGCAUCACAUUCCUCUACAGGCUCAGUUUUGAGGUGCUCAGCAGCUCUCCCUGAAAAGGUGGGUACAGCAGUGCGUCCCUCCUCUGCACAGGGCCCUGGCUUCUCACCGGCAUCCUUUGGAGGGCAGCUGCUCUGUGCCUGCAAGGUCCGGCUGAAGGUGAGGUGCGAGGGCUGCAGGACCUGAGGGCUGAAAUGGAUGGAGCGAGGGGUGGUGCUGAGGGGAUGUGGGCACAGCCUCAGUUGUGGGCAGCCUGUUUUGAAGCCUCCCUGUGAACUAAGAGCCACAUACUGAAAAGCCACCAGCAAUUAUCAGCUCUUCUGGACAUGCACAGCCAUGAGUGGUGCCCUGCACUUCCUAAUUGCUCAGGAUUUUGUCUUCCAAUGCUUGAAACGAGGUGCCCUAGCAAACCUCCAGGCAGUCUAGGAUAAAGUGGUUUGUGUCUUUUCCCAUGAAAGGUGUUUCAGGGAGAUGCAGCCAGGCCAGCGAAGUGGCUUGUCAGACAGUUGGGGUCUAAGGAGGGACACCCUGUUUGGUGGCUCACGCGCUCCUGGCAGCCUCUUGCAGAUGGACCCGCUGCCCUUACAGGCACCCCAGCACUGAACUGCUGUUUCUUGAUACAGCUUCAUCUCCUCAUCAUCUGUUUGUGUAGACCACCGCUGUCACAUUGUUGUUCAGUAUCCUGCAUCAUCUCAGCCUGCCUGAGUCCCUCUGCUCUGCUCCUUGUGCCCUCCCUCCUAUGUUCUUCAUCCCAUCUUUCUCCUCAGCUCCAGGUGACCUGGUUCUUAGAAAAUGGGAUAUUGCCAAGUACUUUGAGAAGGUCAGCAGCAUCUGGGAGGUGUCCCUGCCCAUGGCAGGGCAGUUGGAACUGGAUGAUCUUUAAGGUCUCUUCCAAUCCAAACCAUAAUAUGAUUCUAUGAUCUGAAGGGUCUCUGUGGGAGGUGGAGUUGGUGAGAGCAGAGGCAGCUCAGGGUUUUGGGCUCCUCAGCAGCUUUCCUGGGGAGUUUUGGAGAAGCAGAUACCCCGGGCAGCAGGGUGGGUAGGGUCCAGCCAAGCUUGGGUUUGCCACUGGCUUGUCUUGGCCUUCCUCGUGUGCUCAGCAGUGCCAUCAAAUAGAGGAACGAUGGGUUUUACUCCUGCAGUUGCUCAGAAUCGUGUGGUUUUGCUAAAGCAGUAAGAAAAUAUGGCAGAAGGUGUUACAGUGACUGCCAUAUGGCUCUCCCCUUUGGACCAACUCUGUACCCUUUAAACUCUUGUCCUUGAGACCAGCACAACUGCUUUGCUGAGUUCCUUUUCAUUUGUAAUUUUUUAACCUAAGAUGUGAUUUUAUUUUUUUGCCCACCACGAGGCAAAUUCUCCUGGAUCCAUCAGGGAAAAUCCAGUGAAGAAGCAAUUAUCAGGGAGGAGAGGGGAAAUUUGUUUUAGACCAGACAUGGCAAGCCAGGUUGGUCAGAGGUUGGAGACUUCCAGAUCUUGGACCCAUCAGGCUGAGCAUCACUUCUGUCUCUCACACCAGUAUCAAGCAUUUACUGUUGGUGAAGUGAGUACCAUCAGGUAAUUAGUGCAGGGUGAGCCCAGCAGCAAACCUGCCUGUGUUCUGGUGUGGUGUGGCUUCAUCUCUCUGGGUUCUUCCUUCGUGCCCUGCUUUGCCUUGCUGUGCUUGGGCUCGCAAGGAAAAAAUGGGGUUCAGGAUGGUUGAGCUCCUGGCUGCGGGAGCUGGAAACGUGCUGGACCCUUCCAAAAUGGACUGGAGAUACACCUAGGAUAGGGCAAGCUGCUGACUGGCCAUGAUCAUAGAAUCACUAGGUUGGAAAAGACAUCGGAGAUCAUCAAGCCAAACUGUACCCCUCCACUACUAAGCCAUAUCCCUAAGCACUUCAUCUGCCCAUCUUUUAAACAGCUCUAGGGAUGGGGACUCAACCACCUCCCUGGACAGCCUGUUAUGAUAUGGAGCCAUACAAAUCAGUGGGCCCAAAGAGCAGCAGAGUGUACUCCGCUAACCAGCUUUUAUCCCACAGGAAAUGCCACUGGGAGGGGGACAAGCCAUCAGGCUCUGCCUGGGGACAAGACAAAUCCCUGGUGGUGUUACUCAUGUCUUAUCUGUUUAUAUGUUGUGUAUGUGCAUAUAAUGUCUCUCUUCCUGGCAGCAUCUCUAUUUACGCUUUGUGAUUUCUUUGUAUUGCUGUUGGCAGAUGUAUGAUGCUGCGGAGAAAAAGAUGUCCUGACAGUCACCCCCUGUAUUUGGUUACAUAUUA